AUGCUGGGCAUUAACAACUCCUCCAAGAGGGAGCUGCCAGACUUCGGAUCAGGUAAGUGCAACGCGGUGCUCACGAACGCGGGGCCGACACUUCUGCUGCCCGCCAAGGGCGGUAUCGAGGUGUUCUUGGACAACUCGGUGUUCAGGUGCCAACGGUUCAACGGAUAA